AAGGACCUAAAGAAUAUUCCCACGAACUUGCACUUCAUUUCCUCCACCAACGUGUCUCCAGUCUUCAAAGCUCACCGUCAACAGCAUGUCUGAUUCAGAAAGCUCAACCCACGCUGUUAGCCCCAAGGUCGGUACCGUUGCAAGACCGCCAGGUGCGCAGGUUCGGCGGAGGGCUGCAAACACGCAGGUAAAACCGAACUCAACGCGUGCAGCAGGAGCUGGCGGCUCUUCGGGGACAAUGCUGAAACUUUACACUGACGACUCACCAGGGCUGCGAGUAGACCCAUAUGUCGUCCUCAUACUCUCGUUGGCGUUUAUUGGAUCUAUCUUCUUUUUGCAUAUUUCCGCCAAAAUAAUCCGGUCUUUCACCAAGUGAUAGCCUUGUAAUGGACACUUUUAUGCACUUUGACUAUAUCCCGCAUUGCGGAACAUGUGCACUCAGCGCUUGCGUCGUAUGACAUGCUGUACAACAAUUUAUCGCAGAGUGAGGCGCUGCGUACCCUCUCGUCGUCCAAUUACCUGGACUGUCUUGGCGAGACUAUUGUUUUCCACUGUCCGCCAAUGAGUUCGACAUCCAGAGAAAACAUAUCGCACGGUGAGGCGCUGUGUAUCCUUGUG